AUGCCCCGUGCCGGGCAGCAGCCCGGCUGGGGGCCCGCCGGCACCACGACCCAGUGCCAAAGGGGACCAUGGCAGUGGGGGCAGGCGGCACCCACCGGGGUCACCACGCUGCUGAGAAUCAAUCUCUGCCGGCGAUCUGGGCCACAGGGAGGAGGAAACGGAGUCGGGAAAACAGGAAACCUCGGCCUGGCGCCCGCGGCGGAGGGCAAAGGCGGGCAGGGCACGGGGGGGCAGGCAGCGGGGUUCGGGACCCCCUGCUACUGGGCAUCCCGCUCGGCCCCCCUCCACCCGCUGGGCGGCACGACCCACCACACGUCCCCUCCCGAGAUUCCGCAUCUCGUCUACGUGUGCUGCGCCCCGGAGACGCUGCGGGAGCUGAUGCUGCAGGCAGGGCGCGAGGGGCUGACCCACGGCGACUACGCCUUCUUCUACAUCGACAUCUUCGGGGCCAGCCUGCAGGGCAGCCGCUUCCCCGAGCCGCAGCGACGGGGGAGGGGGGGGGCCCGCCACGACGCCAGCGCCCGGCAAGCCUUCGAGGCCGUCACCAUCAUCACCUACAAGGAGCCCGAAAACCCCGAGUACCGGCCUUUCCUGGUGCGGCUGAAGGAGGAGGCGCUCGCCCACUUCAACUUCUCCAUGAAGGACGGCUUGAUGAACUUCAUCGCGGCUGCCUUCCACGACGGGGUGCUGCUCUACGCCCAGGCCGUCAAUGAGACGCUGGAGCGGGGCGGCUCCAUCACCAACGCCUCCGCCAUCACCCGCCAGAUGUGGAACCGCACCUUCUACGGUGUCACCGGCUUCCUGAAGAUCGACGAGAACGGGGACCGGGAGAGCGACUACUCCCUGUGGGACAUGGACCCCGCGCAGGGGGACUUCCAGGUGAGCCCCGGCGUGGGGGCAGCCGCCAGCCUGUCCACCCUGGAGGUCCUGUUCCUCCUGGUCAGCCUGAUCCUCCUGGCCAUCACCGUCACCUCCUUCUUCAUCUACAGGAAGCUGCAGCUGGAGAAGGAGCUGGCGGCCGAGCUGUGGCGUAUCCGCUGGGAGGACGUGCAGAUGAGCAGCCUGGAGAAACACCUCCGGAGCGCCGGCAGCAAGCUCACCCUCUCCCUGAGGGGCUCCAACUACGGCUCGUUGAUGACGGCAGAGGGGCAGUUCCAGGUCUACGCCAAGACGGCAUAUUACAAGGGCAACCUCGUGGCCGUGAAGCACCUCAACCGCAAGCGCAUCGAGCUGACGCGCAAGGUCUUGUUCGAGCUGAAGCACAUGCGGGAUGUCCAAAACGAGCAUCUGACCCGCUUCAUCGGCGCCUGCACCGACCCCCCGAACAUCUGCAUCCUGACCGAGUACUGCCCGCGCGGGAGCCUCCAGGACAUCUUGGAGAACGAGAGCAUCACGCUGGACUGGAUGUUCCGCUAUUCCCUCACCCAUGACAUCGUCAAGGGGAUGCAGUUCCUGCACAACGGGGUGAUCGUCUCCCACGGGAACCUCAAGUCCUCCAACUGCGUGGUGGACAGCCGCUUCGUGCUGAAGAUCACAGACUACGGGCUGGAGAGCUUCCGCGUGGCCCCCGACGGCGAGGACUCCCACGCGCUCUUCGCCAGUGAGCACCCUGCCCAUCCNNNGCUGCUGCGGAUGGAGUCGCCGCCGGCCCGUGGCACGCAGAAGGGCGACGUUUACAGCUUCGGCAUCAUCCUGCAAGAGAUCGCCCUGCGCAACGGCGUCUUCUACAUGGAGGGGCUGGACCUGAGCCCUAAAGAGAUCAUCGAGCGGGUGAAGAGUGGGGAGCGCCCCAGCUUCCGCCCCUCGGCCAAUGUGGGAUGCCACAUGGAGGAGCUGGGCCAGCUGAUGCAGCACUGCUGGGCCGAGGACGUCCUGGAGCGCCCCGACUUCAACCAGAUCAAGGUCCAACUCCGCAAGUUCAACAGGGAGAGCAGCAGCAACAUCCUGGACAACCUGCUGUCGCGCAUGGAGCAGUACGCCAACAACCUGGAGGAGCUGGUGGAGGAGCGAACCCAAGCCUACCUGGAGGAGAAGCGCAAGGCUGAGGCUCUUCUCUACCAGAUCCUGCCCCACUCGGUGGCGGAGCAGCUGAAGCGGGGGGAGACGGUGCAGGCGGAGGCCUUCGACAGCGUCACCAUCUACUUCAGCGACAUCGUGGGCUUCACGGCGCUGUCGGCCGAGAGCACCCCCAUGCAGGUGGUGACGCUGCUCAACGACCUCUACACCUGCUUCGACGCCAUCAUCGACAACUUCGACGUCUACAAGGUGGAGACGAUCGGGGACGCCUACAUGGUGGUGUCGGGGCUGCCGGUGCGCAAUGGGAAGCUGCACGCCCGCGAGGUGGCCCGCAUGGCCCUGGCGCUGCUGGACGCCGUCCGCUCCUUCCGCAUCCGCCACCGGCCGCAGCAGCAGCUGAAGCUGCGCAUCGGCAUCCACACGGGCCCCAAAUGA